GCUCACUCUUAAUGUGGCAGUCGAUCUUAUGAAGCACUCCCGCAUGCUUCACGCCGUAUAAUGGCAGACGACGAUGAGAUUAGAACGGCAGUACACUCGUUAUAUGCCAUCCAGCAGCAGCAGCAGCAACAACAGCAGCAGCAUCAGCAAUCACUCCCGCCGGUCAUACAUCAUCAAUCUAUGAUGUACGGCGGUUCCCAGGGCUAUGGUAGCGGUCCGCCCAUGAACACGCUCGGCAUGACACGCUCGCAAUCGCACACGGUAAAUCUGCUGAGCGAGGACUUUAUUGCCGGGUAUAUGGAGCAGGGCCGCAUGUCGGUCGUUCGCCGAUUUUUCUGCCUUUUCGUAACAUUCGAUGUCGUCUUCAUUUCGCUGCUGUGGAUCAUUUGUGUUGUGAUUACUGGCGACAACGUUAUACAUGCACUGCAAACUCAGGUCCUGCACUACACGGUCUACACAUCACUGUUUGAUGUCGUUAUUGCUGCCCUCAUUAGGUUUAUUUUUCUUAUACUGUUUUAUGGGCUGCUCAGCAUCAGCCAUUGGCUAGUGAUAGCGUUAUCUACAACUAGUUCCUGUGCAUUUCUUAUAAGCAAAGUAUUUCUUUAUGAUUGGACUGCUACACCACAACCGGUGUUCGAGGUGCUGCUGAUAGUGGUAUCGUUUGUGCUGGCAUGGGGCGAAGCGUGGUUUUUGGACUGUCGCGUUAUACCGCAGGAACGAUAUGCAAGAAACUAUUUCGUCGCGAUUACGAAUCCUGGCUCGAUGGAUGCGCGCACACCACUGUUGGGUCCCUUCCUGAGCGCAACCGUGGCUGGCCGGACGGAAAGUAUAGGCAAUUUUUACUCUCCGAUCGAUUCGAUUCAUAACAGCGACGACGAUGACGAUGAAGAUCAGCAGGACGAAGAGUUCAAGCGGAUGGGCACGGAGUGUGUUCGGCGGGCGUACACCGUGCUUGAAUCGGAGAGUUGGAAAAUUGAAAAGGUAACUUCCAAGGGUGAUACGAUACAGAGCUGCCAGCUCGAUAAGUUGGGAAAGGUGUACAAGCUGACGGCGAAGAUACACUACCCGGCUCGGAAGCUGCUGGAGGUGUUGUUCUACAAAAUUGAAGAUGUUCCCAAGUGGAAUCCGACGCUCGUGCAAUCGAAGAUCAUUCGUAAAAUCGACAGCCACACAGAUAUUACAUACCAGGCCACGAUGGGCGGUGGUGGCGGUGUGGUAAAGUGUCGCGAUUUUGUAAACCUUCGCUGCUGGCAUCUGUGCCGCGAUGGGCGCGUUAUCGAGGGUGUCGACAUCUUGCCGAACCCGUUAAUAAAUCUUUCCCCCGUAACGGAAGAGAGUGAAGGCCACGAUGGUUCGUUAGAGCAAAGUGAGGACGAGGAGGAUAGCGAUGGAAGCAUGGGAAAAGGUGAUGUUUCGGGCAAAAUUCCCUCUUCGAAAUCCGUGCCCCAGAUGAGUCAAUCGCAAGUAGAGUUGGGGCCAAAGGGUAGCGCGAAGAAAGAUAAGACUGCAUUUAAAACGCUCAGCAAAAGCUUGGGCGCACAGGACUUUGCUGUCGGAGGUGAUGGUGUUGCCGCAUCGGUUCCGAACGUAUCAGCUGCAGGGAAGCGGUCAGCGAAAAAGAAAGAUGCUGAUUCGAGCGGAGAAUCAACGACGAAGGGUGGUAAUGUGUACGUGAGUUCGGCAAUCAGUAUAGAAUAUCCCGGUGCUCCAAAAGAUACAAUAUUUAUUCGAGGAGAAAACAAGCUGUCGUGUUGGGCGAUGCGGGAGCUCGAAAAUCAAAAGGAUCAGUGCAUCUUUGAGUGGCUGCUGUGUUUGGAUCUGAAGGGAUAUAUCCCACGCUACGUGCUAGACACUGCCUACACUACGCUAAUGCAAGACUACAUGAACUACCUUCGCAAGUACGUCACCGAACUACGCAAGGAAGGAAAAGUGCCUGGUGGUUUCGAGUCCACCGACUAAGUGGACUGGGCGCAUGAACGUGCAAAACGAA